UUCACCCCAUGAGAUGAUCUUCAUGCUUCUUGCUAUAUCCAUUUGAUACUAACGGCCAUUUUGUAUCCAUACAUAACAAUCCACGGCCCCACUUAUGAUUUCUGAAUUCCAAUCAAUAAAUAUGCCACAAAACCCCACCAAUUCACAUUUUUUGUGAGUCUCAAACUAACAUCCUCACUAAUCACAACCUUCCUAUUCUACUACCAUGGCUACUGCCAUGGCAGUUGCUACUAGUUUAUCAAUUUGCCCUUCAUUGAAUCGUCUAAUGCGCAGAGAUUUUGUUAAGGAAAAACCCCAAUUUUCGUUUAAUGUUGGUGUUAAACCCAUUAAAUGUCAGUCAAAUCAUGAAAAAUCUGGAGUACCCAUUAAAAUUGUUGGCAAUGGGUAUCGAUUCUUGCAAUUGGGUCCUCAUAAAAGUCGCUUAACUGGUGCUUUUUCGGCUAAAUCUGUUAGUUCAAGUUCCGAAAAUGGAGUUACUUCCUCCAUCUUUCAGACUGUGUUGGGUGUACUACAUUUGGUUGUUUCACUUGGAAUUAUUGUAGCAACAGAUAAAUUGCUGAAGCAAGCUUUUGUAUCUGCAUCAAUCAAAUUUCCAAGUGCACUAUUUGGAAUGUUCUGUACAUUUUCAAUUCUAAUGAUCCUUGAUACUGUGAUACCUGCUGCUGCAGCAAGUGUAAUGAGCUUCUUUGAGCCAGCCUUCUUGUUCAUUCAAAGAUGGCUUCCAUUAUUCUAUGUUCCUUCUCUUGUUGCUUUGCCUCUUGCUGUUAGAGAUAUACCUGCGGCUUCUGGAUUGAAGAUUGUUGGCAUUUUAGUUGGUGGGUGGUUAGCUUCGCUGUGUGUUGCUGGUUACACAGCUAUUACUGUUAGGAACAUUGUCAAAACAGAAAUGAUACCUGCUGAACCAAUGGCAAAACCACCUCCCUUUUCUGCUCCUGAAGUGUGGGCUUGGAGUGCCAUUUUUGUUGCAUCAUUCGCUGGCGCUUACCUAUAUCCAACUAUCCUGGGAACUGCUGCUCGCACCUGCCUUCCGUUUCUGCUCGCAGCAACAGUACUAGGCUACAUGAUUGGCUCUGGGUUACCUUCUGUCUUGAAGAUGCUGUUUCAUCCAAUUAUAUGUUGUGCACUUGCGGCAGAUUUGGCAGCCUUUGCCUUUGGAUAUAUUUCAAAAUCUGGAAUUGAGCCUGUUAUAGGAUAUUACCUUACAAAGGUAUCAACAGACCCUGGAGCCGGUGAUAUUUUGAUGGGGUUCUUGGGAUCUGUUAUCAUCUCCUUUGCUUUUUCGAUGUUCAAACAGAGAAAACUUGUGAAGAGGCAUGCAGCAGAGAUCUUCACAUCUAUCAUCGUUUCAACACUUUUCUCUUUAUAUUCAACGGCUCUCAUCGGACGUCUUGUUGGACUUGAAAAAUCUUUAACUAUAUCAAUUUUGCCGCGCUGCAUUACUGUGGCUUUAGCCCUCAGCAUUGUCUCCUUAUUCGAAGGUACAAAUUCAUCCCUGACGGCUGCUGUUGUAGUGCUGACUGGCCUCGUUGGGGCAAACUUCGUGCAAGUUGUGCUCGAUAAGCUUCAGUUCCGUGACCCCAUUGCUCGAGGCAUAGCAACUGCAUCUAGUGCUCAUGGACUAGGAACAGCUGCAUUAUCAGCAAAAGAACCCGAGGCACUCCCUUUUUGCGCUAUUGCGUAUGCCCUCACAGGCAUAGUUGGCUCCGUACUAUGCUCUAUCCCUGCUGUCCGACAAAGCCUGCUAGCUGUGGUUGGUUGAUUACACUUCUGCUGUUAGUCUGUAAAGUCUUCCCUUUCUUCUAUUUCAAGUGUUUUUCCCUCAGAAAUUUACAAAGUGACAUAAUCAUCAUUGUUCUUUGUACAUAACACUGAAUCGUAGCGAAAAAUAUUCUUUUUCUAGAGGUUUAGUCUUGACAAUGUUCUUUCUGAAAUGUCCUCAAUUGUUCAUAUUUUUAAGAACUUAGGCAGUUGUAAACUACUGAUAAAUGCCUAAUAUCCUUAUUACUAUCAGCAUUUCUGAUGGAAUUGAUGUUUUGUUUUCAA